UCGAAACGCUUUCACAUCACUACGAAUAAGUACCAAAUUAAUCUCAAGUUUUCCACUUACCAUUAAUGAGAUUCGAUGCUACCGAAUAAUGAAUGGGAAUGUAUCUAUCAGUGGAGUUUUAGACAAAUAUUUUAGAUAACCGGCUAGAGAUGCGCGCGUAUACACAAUCUAUAUAACUAUACCCACGUAAAUGUAUGCAGCGUGUAUGUAUAUUUUUUAGAUAGUCACUCUUUCUAGAACAAUCUAUGUAUGGUUUUCCUACAUAUAUUUUACUGAAAGAAACGGGAAUUGGUAGUCUUUAAGUAGCAGGUAGAUUUCAAGAGGAACUCCAAAUAAAUGCCAGACAUUUUAUGCUGUGAACUUUGCAACGUGUCAACCUCGGAACCCUUGUUAAAGUCAAUCAUAUUUUCUCUCUCUCUCUCUACGAGGAGCCAGGCCCAUCUCUGACAGAUUUGCGUAGUAUCUCACCUCAGCAGGGCUUGGAUAGUUAAAAAGGCGAAAAGGAAAUGAAAUGCAUGCUGUAGUAAUUAGCAAUAAAAUGCAAGGCAAAGGAGGUGUUUCUCCUCCCCACCCCUAGAGAUCACAUGGUGACCCUGGCCAGCCAAUACAAAGGACGCUAGGACCCUGAGGGACCCCCUGGUUCCGAAUUGCACCGGCUCUGCUGCAUUAUAAAUACUUCUCCAAAAUGCACUGGCCCUCCUUUCUCGCUUUCCACCCAGCUCCGUUUGUUUCGCACUCAUAAAAGCUGCUCCUCAGUCACUGCUUGGCGUGUUUUGUUUCUUAUUUAAAGCCGGGCUCCUUUUUGUUUCUCGGCCAGUUUGCAUGCAUUGUUCGUCUCCCAAAAUGGUUUGUGAGACUAAGAUUGUGGCGGAAGAUCAUGAAUCAAUUUCAGGAUCCAAAAAAGAUACGAUCAUUGUGUCUUCCUCCCAGAUGUGGCCCUCCUUAUCCGGCUCCCCUGCCCCCACCCCAGCUUCUCGGAGUGGUGUGGAAGAGGAUUUCAAGAAAGACAACGUUUAUAUACGAGAAUUUCAUCCUUCCGAUCAAGAGGUGGUGCGCCGUAUAUUUUAUGAAGGAAUCAUGGAAAGGAUCCCUAACACAGCAUUUAGAGGGUUAAAACACCAGCCUCUCACUCAGUUGAUCUAUGGGAUACUCAUUGGCUCCUGCUUCUGGGUAGCUGUGUUGGACGGAAAUGUGGUGGGAAUCGUGGCUGCAAGAGGCAAUGAGGAAGACAACACCAUGGAGCUGCGCCGCAUGUCUGUAGAUAUCAACUUCCGUGGUAAAGGGAUUGCCAAGGCCCUGGGCCGCAAAGUGCUUGAGUUUGCCAUGCUCAACAACUAUUCCUCCAUUGUACUGGGAACCACAGCUGUCAAGAUGGCAGCCCACAAGCUGUAUGAGUCCUUAGGGUUCAAACAUGUGGGCGUCAUCGAACACUACACCCUCCCUGGGAUGACGCAUUCCAUACUCGAGAGAAUGUUUUUCCAGCUUCGCUACCACCGCUACCGCCUGCAGCUGCGUGAAGAAUAAAAACAAAAGCAAAAAAAAAAAAAAUUUUUUUUCUGCCCCAACUCCCAAAAAAUUGCCCUUUAUUUUUUCACCUUUUUUAUUUCAGUUUUGUUUGUUUUGUCCCUCAUUUCAUUUUUAAUUUGCUUUGUACAAAAUAAGGACCCUUCCUUGCAUGCUGUAGGGUGGUGGCGCUGAGGCUGGAAGUACUGCUCUCCUAAUGCAUACAGUGUUAAUGACCUGGCAGGUCAGAGUGGACCUACAGCCUGUUGUUCCAAUCUUACCCAGGUACCUACAUAAAGCACAGAAACUUACAAACGUAAUAGUACCACUGGUCUGGUGUACAUAGUAUUUUUUUUCUUUUGCAAAUGUAAGAUAGUGUAGUGAUGACAUUCAUAAUACAGUAAGUGCAGAAAUAUUACUUGAAUGCAUUUCUCAGUAUUUCGUGCACCAGUAACUAGAAUAUGCAUUCAUCUUGCUAUAAAUUACUGAUUAAUAGUUUUCAAAGAAAAUGUGAAAAAACGCUUGCUACAAUGCAUGAAGAGGAAGUGUGUGCACGCACUCAAACACACAGCACUGCCAUCAAGGCACUGGUGUUGCACUUUUUUUGGAUGUGCCUCAUUCUGCCAAAUAUCUGAAAGAACCUUGGUGCAUCCAGUACCCAUGACUUUUUCUCCAUUCUCAUUUUCCUUCCUAAGCCAGCAAACAGACUUGAACCAUUUGAACUCUGAGCCCCAUUGUAACAUAUUGUAAAGUAAGAUCAAACCUAAAUAUCUCCUGCGCUGUUCUAUAUCCACGCAUAACCUGCAGUCCUGGGCCAGACUUCCGCAUGUGCAUUGGAGUUUCUCUUUGCUGCCUUCUGGGUUUGUUAUUUUUGUUUGUGGUUUUUUUUUUUAAUUUUUAAAAAUUUUUAUAUUUGUUUUGGCUUUUGCUGAAUGGUGUCAUUGAAGCAUAAUGGAGGCUGCAGUUUCUAUGGCAACACAUUUGCACAUUAAUGUGAGCACCAAAUCUAAACACUUCAGACAAGCAAUGUGUGAGAGAUAAUUGCGUUUUGGGAGUGUGGGGGGGAGGGGGGAACCAUACAUAUUAUCUUAACCAGCUGCUGUUUAAUAAUUGUAGAUGGCCUCACUGCAGCCUUCCAUAAAAGGUAACUAACUGCUUUAAUGAUGUCAGAUGUGUGAAUUGUACAAUGCAAAAAACAAUGCAAAGCAGAUUUGGCAUGUGUCUGUACCUAAUAUGUAUGUACAGUGCCUGCCAACAAAAGAAUAACCAAGAUUACAGCUUCUUCUAGCCUGAAAUAUGAAUUUUUUAUAACUUAUUUAAACAAAUAACAACUUUGCAUGAAUUAUGUCUUGGGGAAAAUCAGUAGGUUUUAAUUUUUAAAAUGUGGUAUCAGAAAUAUUAAAAACAUUUCUGGUUGCACUUAAUUUGGGGUGGGUGGUGGGAUUCAUCUAUCUUAAAUUUAAAGGGAAAUGCCCUUUAACUUAGUACCUGUUCUGUGGAAUCUUGUGUGCGGGGUGGGGGACAGAAAACCAUGAUGAAAUUGAGAAGGGACUGAACGUAUAUUACUAACACUUAUAACUAGAGUAGAAGCACCUAGGUAGGAGAGUUUCGAGAGGAGGGAAGAAAUGUAUCUUUGUCAAAUCAAAUAGUGGAAACACAUAAGAAGGGUACUAGACAGAAAGAGCAAAUAGAAGGCUUAACUAGUAAGAAGUGGAACAGAACAUCCAUGGGAAUGAUAUUGUGAUGUGGAAACCAAAAUGCUAGACUUUCACUUCCAGUCCAGGGUCUUUCCCACUCUGAGAUUUAUCAAUGUGAAGGUAGGAAUUGGGUCCAGACUUCAUUAGUUCCUACUGGCCUGUUAGACAGGAGACCAAACUCAGUGUGUAGUUCCUGCUUACAGGGACAGGAGCAUCUCCAUGGGUGCUCCUUUCAAUAGGGAGGAAACCUACACGUGCUUAACAAGUGCUAAGGAGAAAAAGCAGCUUUCACAGAAGAGAAAUUGGAGCCAAAUAAGAGUGUAUGAGGUUAGUCUCCUGAGACCAGCCCUUUCAUUCAUUGUCUGCUCUUGCUUCUAGUUGACAGGGAGGGAGAACAGAUUCUGGCCUCUAUAUGCAAUGCCAGAUCAAGAAGUGAGCGGUUGCAGGGGUGGGGUGGGAGGGUGUUGCAGUCACAUCCACGUCAGAAGAUUUUGUCCUAUUGCUCUGGUGAGCAAUUCACACUCUCAACCCUGGAUUUAUGCCUGUCUCAAUCUAUACCAUACAUAAAAUGGCAGCAUCCUAGGGUAUAUUGUCACAGUAAUAAAGGGAGAAAGUAGAUAAUAGAGGGCACUAUUUCAAGACCAAGAGCUUAAUUUACAGGGUGUGGUUUUUGUUUUGCUUUGUUUUUGCAGGCUACUAUAUACUUUUAAAAGUUUUUCUAUGUUGUACAUUUCUCCUGAAGCGGAAGAUAGGGGGGUUUGUAUAGUGUACAGAAAUUGGCAUAAUAUUUUCUUGCUGCUUUCAGUGAUUUAUUAAUCUGAGUAAAAAUAGACCAUUGUAAAGUGUUAGAAAAAGUGAAAGAAAAAAAGUUUGUGCCUUUUUUUAGUUUUAGUUUUUCUGUUGCUGUAGAGUCACUGCACUAAACCUUUCCAGACAAUGAAAAGAAUUAAUCUCUUAACAAAGGGGGAAAUACAUAAAUCUAAUUGUUUUUUAUUGGGGUGUUUAAUUAAAAGAAUGUUCUUGGUUUUUUGAUACCUGUGCCUUUGUAAUAUGCCUCAUUAGUAUCUAUGUGAUAAGCCAAAACUGCUUCAAAUAUCCUAAUCUCCCACAGAGACAGAAGCACAGUUAAGUCACCAUCUUUUAAAAAAAAA